AUGCCCGCCGCUGGCAGCGAUGGGAUUGCGAUUACUGGAAGCUCCAUCGAAUCGAUUCUGAUGGUGGUCCAUAAUUGGCCUGUUCUCUGGAUGCUGGUCAUCUUCUGGCGAUUGCUCAGAUGGAGUCUUCAAUUUGGUCUCACACUCAUCUACAACCGUACCAGUGAUUGCAAUAACAAAUUGAGUAGGGAUGUAACAGCUCUUAAAGAUGGGUUUGAAGGACAGUCUUCCGCUGGAAGUUCGGAAUUUUCUUUGGAUAACCAGUUAAACCCGCACGAUGUGAAGAAGACUCGGCGCGAAAAUGCCACCCUACGACAGUACAAGGCAGGUAUCAGACGUUGUAUAGUAGGCAACCAAAGUAGUGCCGCUCAAGUCCUCUAA